AUGCCAUCAUAUGAUAAGUUUCUAAAGGAGAUCUUAUCGAACAAGAAAAGAUUAGAGGAUUAUAAAAUUGUUGCACUUACUGAGGAGUACAGUGCUAUAUUGCAGAAUACGCUUCCCCCUAAGCUUAAAGAUCUUAGAAGUAUCUCUAUUCCAUGUCACAUUGGAGAGACAAGUAUUGAAAGGGCAUUGUGUGAUCUUGGAGCUAGCGUGAGUUUGAUGCCAUUCCCAAUUUAUGAAAAGUUAAAAGUAGGAGAUCUAAAGCCCACCACCACUUCUUUGCAGUUACCAGAUAGAUCCAUCAAAUAUCCAAUGAAAAUUUUGGAGAAUGUGCCAUUAAUAGUUGAGAAGUUUUUCAUUCUAGAGGAUUUUGUUGCACUAGAGAUAAAGGAGGAUGUAAGUUUACCCAUCAUACUUGGAAGUGAAGGAACAGAAGCUUGA